AUGUCGCUCUACGUCACUAGUUCCUGUGGCCUGACGCACCCUGUCAACACCAUCACCGACGACUACCUUUCUUUGAAACCAGACUCAACUUUCGACUUGGUGCAGUUUUCAACCAGCCAUGCAGACGUCCUCCUACCACAAGUGAACGUUGCAACGCAGUCUUACGUUAAGUUGGAAAACGUCAGUCGCCUUCCUGAGAGUGCGGCAAUACCUGCCCGUAACGACAGCGCCCCUGAUUCGGACUCCUCAGGCGAGGAUGUCGCCCAGGUGUUGCUGAACUCUGAGGCCAACAAGGACCCGUCGACAAAGCCCAGCCUCUCCUACAUUGCUCUCAUCUCGAUGGCCAUCCAGAGUCUGCCUCAGAAGAGGAUGCUGCUUUCCGAGAUCUACCAGUGGAUCACGGACAAGUUUCCUUACUACCAGGGAAAGGACAAGAGCUGGCGCAACAGCAUCCGUCACAAUCUAUCACUGAAUGAAUGCUUCAUCAAAAACGGUCGCAGCGAAAACGGCAAGGGAAACUACUGGUCAAUUCAUCCGGCGAACACGGAAGACUUCGGCAAAGGUGAUUUCAGGAGACGCCGCGCCAGGCGCCGGGUACGGAAGUGUGACGAGCUGCAGCGGAGGUUUCAAGACGGUACGAACGCACCGCCGCAGGACACGAGUUACUACUCGUCCUACAACAGCUACGUCCCCAUGAUGUCAACCUACGCUUCAACUCCAGCGCUGAGCAAUAUCUUUGGUGUGGAAAAUGUCCUGUCGCGGGAGGAGCAGCUACAGAGAUACUACCAACAGUUAAGUAACACUAAACCUCUUCCGAACAUAACUAACGUCUCUUCGGUGUUUGCGAACACGGAGCCAUUGGUGAACACUGGCUAUCAGAACAAUCUCUCCUCAAUUCACCAGAGUCCUGUGUCGUCCACGCAUCAGAAUAUACAGCAGCAGACGGCGGUCCAAUCGGGACACCAGAUGAACUUUUCCCCGUUACACCACAAUGCUAAUCCUUCCGUCUACCAGAACUCCAUUCCGUCCGUUCACCAGACCUCAAUUCCGUCCAUUCACCAGACCUCCAUUCCGUCCGUUCACCAGACAUCCAUUCAAUCCGUUCAUCACAAUACUAAUCCAUCCGUUUACCAGACCUCAAUUCCGUCCGUUCACCAGACCUCAAUUUCGUCAGUUCAUCAGACCACGAUACCAUCCAUGCAGCAAACACAUAUCCCAAGUGGUCAAGCCAUGCCUAAUGCGCCCAGUUUCCAGGACAAUUUCUUUACGCCUCUAGUUCAGACCCAGGCGUUGCCGUCCAUGUCUUUGGCAGGAGCAUUGCCGAGUUGGCAAGACACGCUGUCACGUCUUCAGACUGAUCUCGGCGGAAGUGUGUGA